AUGGCCGACCCAAACACUGAGGAUUUCCUGCGUCAGAUACUGGUACACAAGCUCAGGUUUCUUGUCAUGCGCAUGCUGAAUCAGCGCAACAUCACCGCGCUCAGGUACUCAUUGGAUGUGGACAUGCUCAUCAAGAAGGUUCAAGAUGUACAUGUUGACUGGGAUAGCCUUAUGACCCCAUCCAAUACUGCCACCCACGCUCUACGUACUCCACCCUCGACCCUCACAUCUCUUCCGAGUAGCUCUCCCCAACCACCAAGUAGCUCUGCCCAUCCCCAUCAGUCAUCAGCACAUACAAAGAAGUCUCACUUGAUCUUGUCACGAAACAACUGCCCGCGUGCCCUCAGCUCAAUGAUGAGUCCCAGAAAGCAUGCAGUUGCUGGGACCAUUCGCAUCCGGGAGCUUCGAUGUAAAUGCAAGAAAGGACUGCUUCGAAGAGGAACAUCUGCACAGUCGCCAGAGCUACCAACGCCGUCUCCUCGGUUGGCGGUGAAAUUCAUAGAAGAACAUCUUUCCCCACCCAUUGACGAGCCUCCCCCUUUGCCUUCCUCACUGCUUCAAAGUCCGUUACAAAGACACAGUACAUCUGACCAUCCACCAGAGCCGCCGACAAUAUCCCCUCAUUUAGCGCUUCCAUUAUUACAACCUCCACCCCAACCCACAGAGGAGCCACCCCCUUUAUCCCCCUCGCCACCUCAGAAUCCAUUACACGAAGAUGCCCUCUGUCUGACUCAACCAACAGCUAGUCCUUCAAAAAUCACCCUGGAGCUCCUCAAUAUCAGUGUCCUUCUUCAUGACACCAUCUUUGAACAAUCAAACACAGUGCUGCAGAAGGUAGACAACGUAUCAGGGCCUGUCAAAACACCAUCACAAUCACCACCACAUGCCGAUGAGGAAGCGAACUUACCUUCUCCAAGACGGCCACAGCCUACACUCGCACAGAAUCCCCUCGAGCAAGCGCACGAUAAUCAGAUGGUCAGGACGUCCACAGGUGCCCAACUGUUCAAUGCAGAGGCAAUAUCACAACAUGACAAGGCAUUAGCAGUGGAGUCUCUCAGUGUUGCAGUUUUUGGGAACUGUUUGCAAUUAUUAUUACCCAUAAUGCCCUCCCUGCCACAAGAGGUGCAUGAAUGUGUCUACAUCAACACACGCUUUGUCUUACAGGAGGUUUUACAAGUCUGGGCUGCCCCUAUGCCUGGCAGUACAUCUAUCUCUCCAACCCAUUGCAGACUGUUAAUCCCUCUGACAGAAGCUGAAAUGUUGGUUAUAUUUUGGCAAGAUCAGCCCAUCAUGGCAAGCAAAUGGUCCCAGGCAUGA